AUGGAGAGCUUGGAGAGCUUGGAGAGCUCGGAGCCCCGACCUGAGUGGACCAACUGCUGCCGCUUGCUUCCGGAAACCCCCGCUUCUCCGACCCCGAGCCCCAGGAACGACAGCUCUGGGUCGCAAGCUUUUUGGAGACCUUGGCUUGGCACCCCUAGAAAAGAAGAGGAGAAAAUGCAGCCCAACCAAAGGGAUACGGUGUGCGAUGUGCCUGGGAUGACAGAAUCCUCUGGAAAACUUUCCCAAUAUAAACAUCCAGUCAGACUAUUUUGGCCCAAAUCAAAAUGUUAUGAUUUCUUAUAUCAAGAAGCAGAAUCUCUUCUGAAAAAUUUUCCAAUUCAAGCUACAAUUUCAUUUUAUGAAGAUUCUGAUAGUGAAGAUGAGGAGGAGGAGCUGAUUCAGGAUUCAGGAACUGAAUUGGAUUGA